UCUAAAGACAAGAAAGUUUUUUUUCUGUGUUUGAUGAGUAACUGAGUUCAAAAGCUGCUAGUUGGUUCCUCUGUUGUAAAUCCUAUAUCCUCUAUUCUGAUAUGGCUUUGCAAAACAAAGAAACCACAGAGAGUGUUUUUCUCUGUUAAAGAUGAAAUACAUAGCUCAAAAAAAUUAAAGGAACUCUGAGUCAUCACAGUUUUAAUUCAAUUCAAUUUUAUUUAUACAGCAUCAAAUCACAACAGCAGUCGCCUCAAGGCGCUUUAUAUUGUACAGUAGAUUGUACAAUAAUAGAGGUUAGGAAGCAGAGACCUAUGCAGCUUUAGUCCUUAUCUCUCUUGACUGUUUUUUUCUCUAUUUUUGUCUUUGAUAAUGUCACAGUGUAAUUACUGGCUGCGUGAAAUGGUACAGGCAGCCCAUUCAGAUUGCACAGGUAUUUCAGAUCCCACAGGAUGGCCCGUCAAUAUCUGCCAUCACAAGAAGCUUUGCUGAGUCUUCUAGCAGAGCCUCAAGAGUGUGGAGGAGAUAUGAGAAGACAGGCUGUUACACUAGGAAAGCUGGGCAGGAUAGUAGAAGGACAUCAGCUAAGCAGUACAACCAAUAUCGACUCCUUUGUUAGAGAAGGAACAUGAAGGGUAAUGCCAGAGCCCUGCAAAUUUAUUUCCAGCAGACUACACAUGUCCAUAUUUCUGACCAAACUGUCAGAAAUAGACUCUGCGGUAUGACCUCCCAUCCUUUACUGGGACCUGUAUUACAGAUGACAGCGAGUUCACACUGAACAUAUGUGACAGGCAUGAAAUAGUCUUGUGAAACGAUGGCAUCUCAAGACUCCCUGUAGAGGACCUUGGGCCCUCAUACCUCCCUCAGAGAUUCUGCGUCUGACAGUUUAGCCAGAAACAUGUACAAGUGUCCCACUGGCAAACUCCUGUGCUAGUAGUCAGAGAAAGCCUUGCAAUGGCACGUAUGGAUGUGCUAUACUGGAGAAGUUGGAUUUCCUGUGCAAUGUAAAUGGGCUGCAAGAAUCUCAUGCUAAAUCUAGAGAAAAGAUCAGGAGGGAUGAGGAGAGAUUGUCUUCUCGUUUCUUUUCUUUUCUUUUUUGCAAGAAAACGUGAUACAAAUUAUCAAGAAAACUUGAAUAGAAUAACCUUGAAGUUUAACUGACUUUGUGUUUAUACUGUAAAUAUUAGAGCUUCCCUUGAUUUUUUUUAAAUUUAUUUUAUUUUUUAGCAAUGUAAAAUUGCAAUGUACUAAGUUUUUUCUCUCUCAAAACAAAAAACCUUAAGACAGCUUGAUAUGAGACACGCUGUCCAACUACAGUACGCAAGUGAUAUUAUCAAAGCACACAUUUAUGCGUAUUUGGCGACCCAGCCUGGCUCUGGAAGGCAGAGGAGCAGAGCUCUAACUGCAUCUGAGCUGUGAAGCUUGCAGCUGAAGCUGGGAACUGAUGCUGUUUUUCAAAAUAAAAGACAAGAACGAUAUGGUCCAAAUUCGCCACACGUACCUGAUACAGGUCAGUCUCCCCGAUUCCUGCGUUAUUGGCGUUGUUGUUGUUUUCAUGGAGAUGUGUGAAAAGUUGUUUAUCCACAAGCAUUACAUACGAGAAGCCCAGGGGCGAGGCUUUUAUUGUGAAAAUGCAUCCCGGAAUCCCUACAUUUAUAUUGUUGCCAUAUUGAUAAAAGUAUUUACACCUGGAAAGAGCGCAGCAUCCCGUCCUCUUGCUGGAGAGUGUCUCAGGAAGGCAGUUUGGACUCAGCGGAGAGAAACCUACUGAGCGGACGACAUGUACAGUGUCCGAGGGAUUUUCCUCACUCUGUGUUUGGCUCCAGCUGUGUUCUCAAGUCUGCAUCCUGAAUGUGAAUACAUUUUUCAGCUGGAGAAAGAAGAGCGUCACUGCCUUCAGUACAUUGCAGAACAGGAGAACAGAAGCACAGAAGGUUGUUGGCCCUUCUGGGAUGCGGUCACCUGCUGGCCUCAUGCAGUUGUUGGGGAGACUGUGCACAGAGCUUGUCCUGCAGUCUUCUCCCUCUUCAGAAAUAGCACAGGGUCAGUGAGCCGAAACUGUACAAGUGGAGGUUGGUCGAGGCCGUUCCCACCAUACCAUGUUGCCUGCAAUGUGGAUGAUGACAUUCCCGAGACGGAGGAGUCUUACUUUGCCUCAGUGAAGCUCAUAUACACCAUUGGCUACAGCAUCUCUCUAGUGGUGUUGGCUGUUGCUGUGUUGAUCCUGCUACUCUUCAGGAAACUGCGUUGUGCCAGGAACUUUAUUCACAUCCAGCUCUUUCUUACGUUCAUCCUGAAAGCUGUGGCGGUGUUUAUAAAGGAUGCUACUCUGUUCUCAAGCGACGACACCAACCACUGCACCCUUUCCACAUUUGCCUGUAAAGCCUCUGUGGUCUUCUGUCACUACUGUGUAAUGGCAAACUUUUUUUGGCUCCUGGUGGAGGCACUUUACCUCAGUUCCCUGCUGCUCUCCUCUUUCUAUCAUAGCCGCCGAUGCCUGUGGGGCUUCAGCUUGCUGGGAUGGGGUGUGCCGGUGCUCUUCAUAGUCCUGUGGAUUGGAUCCAGGGUGUAUUUUGAGGACACAGAAUGUUGGGACAUCAAUGAGGACUCACCCUAUUGGUGGAUCAUCAAGGGGCCGAUUGUUGUCUCUAUAGCGGUCAAUUUUAUGCUCUUCAUGAAUAUCAUCAGAAUUCUAAUACAAAAGCUCAAUCCACGUCUGAUCCAGUUCAAUAACUCCUCUCAGUACAGGCGCCUGACUAAAUCCACCCUCCUCCUCAUCCCUUUGUUUGGAACUCACUACAUGUUCUUCAAUUUUCUGCCCGACUACUUCAAUAUUAACCUGCGCCUUUGUAUCGAGCUCUGUAUGGGGUCCUUCCAGGGGCUUCUUGUGGCCAUUCUGUAUUGCUUUCUAAAUCAAGAGGUCCAGAAAGAGGUCCACAUGCAGUGGUUGAGGUGGCAGGAAAGGAGUUACGGGGUUGUGUCUCCCGCUCCGAAAGGCAGUCAGAUGGACACGCCUUUCUAGAAGCCCGAGAUGCUUUUUGCUCCUUCCUGCAGAACCUUUGCUGAGUAUUUGCAGAGAAUUGCUUCUGUGCACAUCAUAAUUUCUAACGAGCUGUACGUAGCACACACAAUAAAAAGAGGUUGUCGAACAUGCAUCAGUGAAGCCGGGGCCUGGAAGUCAUUUCAAACUGAUUCACUGACUGUUCUCCUUCAGUCAGAUUGAAUGAACUGGGGUGAACUAUCAAAAGGAGAAUAAUUCUGAAAUCCCUUGACAUUUUACACAUCCUACAAGCGAGCCUGUCAGUUUCCAUCUGCAUUUCCCAAAGGGCACUAUGACAACUGAAUUAGAAUUUGAAACAUCCCUGGAGGCAUCAAAGGUCAAAUUAAAGAAUAAUAAUUUUGCAUAGCCCAUCAAUUACGUAACCAUCAGUUAGCAAGUCAUUAGGUGUUGUUGUUGUUUUUAUUAACCAGGAAACUACAUAUUAUGAUUAGCAUUUGCAUUUUAGAUGCUUAAAUAAGACCAAGUAUAUUGAAAUCUGAUAGCCUGCAGGACACCACAUAUGAAGCUGUAGCCUGCUGCCAGCUGACGCACACAUGACUCACCUCUUUAAUCACUCAAAUGACAAUUAAAAUGUCUUAUUCUUAA